GUUACGGCUCAGCGUCACUCCCCUGCGCAUGUCAGCCAACACGUGUGGCAGGCAGCAGCAGUGUGUCCGUCUGUUAGCUUGGUGUUUGUUCCCGUGAAUUACAUUUUCUGACCGUGCUGUGGAGCGACAGCUCGUCUAAAUGGGGGGUCUUCAGAAGAAAAAGUUUGAGCGCGGCUCUGCCACCAACUACAUCACCAGGAACAGAGCACGAAAGAAGCUGAUGCUGAGCCUCCCCGACUUCAGGCGGCUGUGCAUCCUCAAAGGAAUCUAUCCCCAUGAGCCAAAACACAAGAAGAAGGUGAACAAAGGCUCCACUGCCCCAAGAACCUUCUACCUGCUCAAAGACAUCCGCUUUCUGCUGCACGAGCCAAUUGUGUCCAAGUUCAGAGAGUACAAGAUCUUUGUGCGUAAACUGAAGAGAGCUUAUGGAAAAACCGAGUGGUCUGCCGUUGAAAGACUGAAGGAGAACAAGCCGACCUAUAAGUUGGACCACAUCGUGAAAGAAAGAUAUCCGACCUUCAUCGAUGCGCUCCGUGACAUCGACGAUGCCCUCUGCAUGUGUUUUUUGUUCUCCACAUUCGCCCGAACAGGAAAAUGCCAUGUCCAGACGAUCCAGCUGUGCAGACGCCUCACGGUGGAGUGGAUGAACUAUGUGAUCGCGUCUCGUGCGCUCAGAAAGGUGUUCCUCUCCAUCAAGGGAAUAUAUUACCAAGCUGAGGUCAUGGGCCAGCUCAUUACAUGGCUGGUGCCAUAUCAGUUCUCCCAUGAUCACCCAACAGAUGUCGACUACAGAGUCAUGGCAACUUUCACAGAGUUGUACACAACUCUCCUGGGGUUUGUCAACUUCAGACUCUACCAGUCUCUCAACUUGGUGUACCCUCCAAAGCUGGAUAGUAAAGCAGAAUUAGAUCUCAAGGAAGAGAAUGAGGACGACUAUGCCAUGAGUUCAGAGAGCUACUACGAGAAACUUUCAGCUCUCAGUUCCAGCCUGGCACGCGUCGUCUCCACAGAGGAGGAGGAGGAGGCUAAACUUGAUCAGUUUCCUGUUGAAGGGGAGGACAUGGACAAGAUGGAAGCCAGAGAAAAGGAACAGAAACAGCUGGAGGUCCAAAAAAAGAUCUUUGAGGGACUCAAAUUCUUCAUCAACAGAGAAGUACCCAGAGAGUCGCUGGCUUUUGUCAUCAGGUGUUUCGGCGGUCAGGUGUCCUGGGAUAAAUCUGUUUGUAUUGGAAGCACAUAUGAUGUCACAGAUGAGACAAUCACACAUCAGGUUGUUGACAGACCUAAUGUGGACAAACAGUACAUGAACAGGUACUACAUCCAGCCCCAGUGGGUAUAUGAUUGUGUCAAUGCUAAAAUACUCCUGCCCGUGGAGGACUAUUUCCUUGGAGUGACGCUGCCACCUCAUCUGUCUCCAUUUGUGGAGGAGAAGGAAGGAGACUACGUUCCCCCCGAGAAGCUGAAGAUAAUGGCCUUACAGCGAGGAGAACAGCCUGAUGGAGAAGAAGAAGAAGAGGAGGAGGAAGAAGAGGAGGAUGAUGAUGAGGAGGAGGAAGAAGAGGAAGAUGAGGAGGAAGAAGCUGAAGAGAAGAACCUUAAAAAAAUGGAGAAGCAGAAAUCUCAGGGGAAGUCUCUCGAAGUUAAAGUGACACCUGGAAAACUGAAGGUAGAAAAUCCCGCCCGCUUGGAGCAGGAGGAGCAGGCGGAGGAGAAACGUCUGGCCAUCAUGAUGAUGAAGAAAAAGGAGAAAUAUCUGUACGACAAGAUCAUGUUUGGAAAAAAGAGAAAAGUCAGAGAGGCGAACAAGCUUGCUGCCAAGAGGAAAGCUCACGAUGAUGCUGAGAAGGCCAAGAAGAAAAAAGCGAGAAAAUAACUUGUUUGGCGAUUUUCCUCUGAAGCUGACUUUCUGUAUAAAACCUGAUGAGUUAGUGGUGCGGGUUGGAAUUUCAUAAAACCUGUAGCUGCACCAGUGAGCUCUCUGUAUGAUGUACAGCCUCUGUGUUUGGUUGCAUUGUCCUCAUGUAUAAAUUUAUGCUGAGAUCCAGGAUGCUCCAUAUGCUGUGUGAUUGAUUUAAUAUUCAUUGUCCUCAUUGUUGUCAACUGAGUAAGCCUACUCUAAUGUAACACUUUAUGCUUCAUUUAAAUUUCUGUAUUUGAAAUGAUUUGCAUUUUAAAGUAAAAUAUAUCCAACUUUCACAUCU